AUGGAGAAGGUAAUCUCGAAAAAGUUGAGGACUUCAAGAAAUAAGAAGAAAUACUGGCGUAAAGGACCUCAACUUGCAGAUGUUGAACAGUUUAUGCACGAUGAACAUGUUGAUAAAAGUGAAGGUGGUGUCUUACGGGAACGAGCCGACGAUGCUUUAUUCACACUGGAUCGAGAGCCUGACGACACCACACAAAAACUCACACGCAAGCAGCUGGCAGCCCUUAACAAGCGUAAGCUGUUGGAAAGGUUGGCUACCAACUAA